UCGCGCUCCGCGUAUUGACCUGCUGUACUUGCCGUAGUGGAGCGUGGAGAGGCGACAGUGCAGACUCGCUUUCACCAUGGCGGAGUGUACGACGUUAGAAAGUCUACUGGAGAUGGGUUUCGACAGAAACAGAGCGGAGAAGGCUGUAGCACAUACUGGCAACCAAGGCAUUGAGAGAGCUAUGGAUUGGCUAAUGGAACACGAGAACGAUCCAGACAUAGACGAGCCGUAUGUUCCACCAGCAGGGAACGUUCUAGGCGCAUCAGAGCAACAGAGUCCAUCCCAGCCUGAUACGGACCUCACUGAAUUUGUUGGUGAUGAGAUAGAAGAGGGAGAUUCCAAACGACCAAUGACGGAAGAGGAAAGGAAAGAACAAAUUAAGAGGCUUGAGGAAUUGAUGAGGGUGAAACAGGAGGAGAGGAGAGAGAGGGAACGGCAGGAGGAGGUGGACAGGGAAAAGCAGAGAAGGAAGCAAGGCCAGGAGCUUCAAAAGGUCCGACAAAAGCUGCAGGAUGAUGAAAUGAAGAAGCUGGCUGAUGACCGUAGGAGAGAGAAAAUGGAGGACAGAAUGGCCAAGCAGCGGGUCAAAGAGAAGAUUGCACGUGACAGAGAAGAGAGGGCACGUAAGUUUGGAGGGGGCUCUUCUGGUUCGUCCCUGUCAUCCCCUACUUCUGACACCACUCCCCAAUCUCCACCUGAGAACCAGGGCCCUCCCCCAGCCAAGAAAGAUUAUGAUGAAUGUCGGAUACAGGUGCGUCUCCUGGAUGGCUCUGCGUUGACGGCGGUUUUUAAAGCCCAGGAACCUCUGGCAGCAGUGAGGGUGUACGUGCAGAUGAAUAGCGCAGACAGUCAGGACUUCACCCUUCUCUCUCCUUACCCCCGCCGCGUCUACACGGACCUCGACAUGGAAAAACCUCUAAGCGAGCUUGGUUUGGUGCCUUCUGCUGUCCUUGUGGUUACAAAGAAGUGAAGAAGGACAAGUUUAUCCAUGUUCUUCCACCAACAGGCCAUAAAAUGGAUUAUUCACUGGACUGAUUUGAUUUUCUACACUAUGUAAUUUGACCCACGUCGAUCAAUACUGAGUUGAUGGGUACCAUUACAAUAAAACAAAUAACCUUGACGACAACAAAAAAAGUGAACUGAAUACAUGAAACUGAAAGAGA